UCCGGGGACCCGGACCAGGUCCAGAGCUGGUCACCAUUUGCGACACAGGGUGGCUGACCGAGAGCAGUUGAACUUUGAAGAACGAAGACAAGCUCAAACGAACAUGCCCAAGGACUUCCCCUCGACACCAUCGAUCCCUCUGAUUGACUUCUCAGCAUUCUCCAACCCUGAUGCGGGGGUGGAUGAACAGGUUUUAGUGGCGAAUCGACUCUUGGAGGGAUUCAAGAAGAACGGAUUCGUCUAUCUUCAAAAGGUUUCUGUGUCACCUGAGAUGGUUUCUGAAGCGUUUGGAUGGAGCAAGAAAUUCUUCGAUUUGCCAGUAGAGAUUAAAAAGCAAGCCCUUCAUCCGGCUGAUGGAUCCUGCCAUAGAGGUUAUUCUCCGAUCGGAUUAGAAAAAGUCAAACCGAUCGAACCAUCCAAUGGUCGAACCAUGAAUGGAAACGAGAAAGCAGCGGCUCCCGAUCAUAAGGAAACCUAUGACAUAGGCAAACCAGGAAGAUUAUCAGAACACAACAUUUGGUUACCUGAAGAAAGCGAGAGAAAAUACGAUCUGACCGGAUUUCGAAAGUUUUUCGAGGAGUUUUAUGAGGCCUGUGAAAGACUUGAGAUGGGAAUCUUACGAGCGAUUUCGAUCGGUUUGAUGGGCAUUGAAGAGGCAGAUUACUUAUCGAAAUUCCAUCAAGAAUCGAACAACCAGAUCAGAUUAGCCCACUAUCCACCGAUCGAAGCCACUCAAUUAAUCGAAGGAGUCAGGGAACGAUUCGGCGCACACACCGAUUUCGGAUCGAUUACGAUCUUAUUCCAAGACCAAGUCGGCGGCCUUCAAGUCGAGAAUCCCACUGCACCUGGCCACUUUUUGCAAGUCAAACCGAUCGAAGAAACCGUGGUCGUGAAUAUUGCGGAUCUCCUGAUGCGAUGGUCCAAUGAUACCCUGCGCUCAACUUUGCAUCGGGUCGGCCCUCCCGAUGUCACCGGCCUCAUCCCCUCUCGUUACUCCAUCCCUUACUUCUGUGGCCCGGAUCCAAAGGCCUUGAUCAAAUGCCUCCCAGGCUCCACUUCAGAACCAAAGUACGAACCGAUUUACGCCGACGAAUACAUCAAAAUGCGUAUGAAAUCAUCUUACUAAAUUGGAUCUCUCGCUUUCAUGUAUAAACAAAACUACUCUUCCCUUUACCAGCCCAAGACAAAAACAGAAGGUGAUCAUGAAAAAGAUAACUCGCAAGUUUGGAACAUAAGUUAAUCAUGUACUUAUCAAAAAGACAAUUGCCAAUUGGUAAUAAAUCUGUUGUAACACUAUCAGCUAAGUUAUUCAUGAUUUAUGGUAUGAAUUGUUUUUAUUUUUCCUUAUGUGAACAGAUCAUGGAGGGAAAUCAGAUACUCCAUCUAUGCAGGAUGGAUAAGUUAGAGAUCUUGAACAAAACACCAUCAGCCUGAUCUCAAUUGACG